AUGGCUGCAUCAUCGAAAAAGUCGGGUGAAGUCAAACCCACCAUGAGCCGGCGACAUCCGCUGCAGCGUUUCGAUUCACCGUCUAAAGGAUUUUCAGGCGCGUUGCAUGUCGCUGGUCUAAUCAGCUUCUACAGUUCCUUCAAGUUCCUAGUGGACAACCCCAACAUCUUUAAUUCAUCCUUCGGCUGGCACCUCCAAUUCCUGACCAUAAUCGGCCUCUCCCUCUCCACAAUAACAUUCGUCUUCGGUCUCACCGCAGACCUAACCUCAACCGCCCUCUCAAGAUCUCCAAUCCUACCUUCAGAUCCACCAGCGGCGGCUCUUUCCGAGCACCUUUUCCGGCUGAAGAACUAUCUAGCCCUGAUAGCAGCGCCGAUUGAAGUCACCAUCAGCGUACUAUACUGGACGUUGAAAGCCAUUGAUGGGAAACUCUUGGUACCCCCUGAUCUACCAUUGCCGCCAGCCAUCUAUGACAUAGGCUUCCACCUCGUCCCCGCCGUUGUCCUAGCACUUGACUACAUCCUCCUCUCUCCGCCAUGGCCCACAACGCCUAUGAAUGAAUCUGCACCUAUCAUUACCCUUUCUAUCUCUACUGUAAUUGCCUUCGGGUAUUGGAUUUGGAUUGAGAUAUGCUUCUCCCAGAAUGGCUUCUACCCUUAUCCCAUCUUUGCGAUGCUCACGACAAACCAGCGUAUAGGGUUGUUCGUUGUAAGCGGGGUGAUCAUGUGGGUGGUGGGCGGACUAUUGAGGGUAUUGUAUGCGAGAAUAAAUGGAUAUGAAAGCGUAGAGCACUUGGAGAAGGUGAGAAGGAACAAAAUUAUGGGCGGUAGUGGGAAGUGGGAGUAA